AUGGAAACUGACGGCGAACAACUGGAGAUGCAGCCUAAAGAAAAUAAAAAACGCACCGGCAUCCAGGAACGAUACAACGCUGCAAAGAACCUGCGAACAUCGCUACAGCAGGGACCUCUGGUGUCAGUGACACCGCCGCAGCACAAAGCUUAUUCAACAGUGCCGAGCCAGGCAGUAGAUUCCGUAUUCGGCGACGAGGAAAAUGUCUAUCGGCAACGCCAAAUGGCGCUGGCGGCAGGUUGUGAAACCUAUGCCGCCAGCGGCGGCCGAGGCGACACCAAGAUGCCGCCCGGACAGCAUGUGAUCGUCGAUGAUAAGCACCGUCUGCUGUACUGCGUCGUCCCGCGUGCCGGCUCCACCAGCUGGUUGCGCUUGCUCAUAGCUCUGCGCAGCGACGCCGUCGGUACCACGUCGGCCACCAAUGUACACGACACGCACGGCUUCCGCACGUUCACUUCGUUCGAGCCGCGGCGACGGCAGCAGCUGCUACGCGACUACACCAAGUUGCUCGUCGCACGCGACCCGUACGAGCGCGUGCUCUCCGCCUACUUUUGGUUCGUAAAACCCGCUAGUGAAUUCAACGGGCCGUUCGCCCAGCUCUAUCCGCCGUUUCAACGCUCCGUCGCCAAGCGCUACGGUCGCGGUGACGUCACGCUGAGGAGCGACGGCGGCGCCAACGUGACGUUCGCCGCCUUCGUGCGCUACGUGACGGACCCGCGCACGCGCCGCGCCGACCCGCUCUCGCUGUUGUCCGACGGUUCGAUGAACCCGCACUGGAUGCCCAUCACGGACCGCUGCCACCCGUGCACCGUGCGUUAUAACGUCAUCGCACAUCACGAGACUCUGAUGGCGGACACCGAGUAUACGCUGAGGCGGAUGAACGCUAGCGGUCUGUUCGAGUUCCCGACAGCUCGGGACGGGCCGUCGACCAGGUCGCAGUUGGCACACUACUACAGCCAGCUGAACGAGGAGGAGGUGGCCAGGCUGCGUCGCCUCUACGAGCAGGAUUUCAAACUGUUUCAGUAUAACGACAUUAUACCUAUGAGUGGUGGACAUCUGUGAGUGUAUGUGCUCACUCUCUUCUACUUCGUCCGCCAACAUUUUUCACGAGUUUGCACUGAUGUCAAGAAUGACAUUGGUGACGUAAAAUGAAAGCAUGAGACCCGCGGAUUAGUGGGGAAUUCUCAUUCCUUGCUCAGUCACAGAUCCCUGAUUUUGAAAGGAGUAGCUGUCGCACGGGACCAAAUGACGGGGCGGGAUGAGGGCUUGAGUGGGCCCCAAAAAUGUAUAAAUUCAUAAGGUGCGUUUGAGGAAGAUAGUAACUAUAUGUAAAGCUUUAUAAUUCUG